GUUCAUUGUUGGUUGUUGUAUAGACUUACACACCAUCUUGCUUUUUAGUUUCUUGUUAAAUAAAUCUUGUUUUUCUCUUUAACCUCCCGCCUUCUUUGUCAGCUUUGGACCAGACGUAACAAAUACAUUAUUAAAAUCAAACUUUUUUUUUUUUUUUGGUCUGAUUUUCAAGUUAUUUUUUGUUUCAAAUCAAAGUUUGAAUUGUUGUGAGUGACCUUAUAGCUGGUUGGUUUGGUUCAUGACUUGACAUGAACGCUUUUUAAAAAUCUUUAUUGGAAAAAUGAAUGGGACAAACACUUCAUGAACCAAGGCUGCUGAAAAAGCAAAUUCUCCAAACAUUGUGGCCGCACUUAGUGUGAGAACAGGAGAAUCACAUUGCCCGUUGAAUCCACUGACACAAGAGAAGGGAAUUUAAGAAGACAGAUACUUUUCACAAUCACUCAGUGCAAGAUCACAUGCAGACAUUCUACUAAUAUAAGAACGGGACCAGGAACAAUGAAAGUGUGUCAGUGCAUCCUGCUCCUCUUUAGUCACCUGUUCCUUUAUACUCUAGCUUGGAAUUGUGAAGUAAUACCUGGUACCCUGAAGCAGAUUGAUGCUGGGCUAGGGAUAGUGGGUGGGGUGAAUGAUGACAAUGAAGUUUUCCUGUUCCUGGGGACCAGUUUUGAAAGGAUAGGUUUAUCCGCGAAACACUUUACUGUUGGACCUGCUGGAGAACUAGGGGCAAAUUCAUCAAACAAUGUCUUCAAGUUUGUGGAUGGUAGCUUCAAGCUGAUUCCAGGCAUUCAAUUCAAACAAGUGGAUGCCGGAGGUGACCAGAUUAUUGUAGGUGUUUCUCCAGUAGAUGACGUCUUCUGCUUAAUUAAGGAUGCUAACAAUGUCGGGCCAUCUGGUGAUGCUCCUUGGGUACAACUUGCGGGAAAGCUGAAGUACUACAGCUGUGGUCCAUUCAGCUGUUGGGGAGUGAACUCUGCAGGGAAUGUCCUCAUCAGAAGGUCUGUAACUGGUGCUUCCUGUGGAGGGUCGAAUGUUUUUGAGGCUGUUGCUGGAGCUCUGUCCAUGGUGGAAGUAGCAACUGAUGGCAACGUCUUUGGUAUUGACCCUCAGGGGAAUUUAUUGCAAAGGAUUGGUGUUUCCACAUCUAAUCUCUUUGGAUCAAGUUGGACAGUUAUUAACAUGUGUCCCAAUGGCCACAAGCAUGUGACUUUUGAUCUGGGGUGGCUUUAUGUCAUCUGUAGUGAUGGAUCCAUCAGGAGAUGCAUUUAAAUGUCCAACAGAGGAGCUCAACUAUCAUUAUAAACAAAAAUUCCUUUUCUUUAUGUUUAAUUUCUUUGCUGUUUAACCAAUAACAUUUUAUGACUUAUGGUUUUACAUGACUUUUAAAGUGUCAAUAAACUGCUUCAUAAUCAA